UCUCUCUUCUCCUUCCUCUAGCCUCUAGGGUUUCUUAGCGACGCCGCCCACUUCGUAGGAGAGGAGGAGGAGAAGAAGAAGUGGUCGCCAUGGUGCAGCGUUUAACCUAUCGGAAGCGCCACAGCUACGCCACCAAAUCCAACCAAACUAGGGUUGUGAAAACCCCAGGUGGGAGGCUCGUGUACCAGUACACGAACAAGAGGGCCAGUGGACCCAAAUGCCCCGUCACCGGAAAGAGGAUCCAAGGAGAUUAUUCGGGCUUUCCUGGUAGAGGAGCAGAAGAUCGUCAAGAAGGUGUUGAAGAUCCAGAAGGCGAAGGAAAAGCAAAGCGCGAAGAGCUAAACGCCAGAUCGAUGGAAAGUCAAAUUCCCCCACAGGAAAAUUUUGUUUCGCGCAAAUGAUGUUGUGAGGAUUAGUUUGGUGAGAUUGAGUGUCGAAUUAGGGCGUCUUUUUCCUCUUUCUUUUUCCUACUGAUAGUUGCUGUGGAUUCUUUCCUUUACCGGAGACUUCAAAGCCCCCCCCCCCCUCGUAAGGCUUUUUGUUCACUUAUUUUUGCUAUGUCUGAACCCCAGUACUACAUUUCUUAAAUCUGUUUUACGAAUUCUCAUUAUUGUGUUCUCUUGGUAUACUUUUUUGAGUAAAGCUCUAUUGGUGUUCCACUUCUAAAAAUCU